AGGAGACACAACAAGAUGACGUUCAUCGCCAAGACCUUCUACGACCUGAAGGCCACCACGCUGGAGGGGGCCACGGUGGACUUCAACGUGUUCAGGGGCCGCGUGGUGCUGAUCGAGAACGUGGCGUCGCUCUGAGGCACCACCACCCGGGACUACAGCGAGCUCAGCCAGCUGCAGAGCAAGUACCCCCACCGGCUCGUGGUCCUGGGCUUCCCCUGUAACCAGUUUGGCUACCAGGAGAACUUGUCUAAUGGGGAGAUCUUGAAUUCGCUGAAGUAUGUGCGACCAGGCGCGGGCUACGAACCCGGCUUCACCGUCUUUGAGAAGUGCGAAGUCAACGGAGCGAACCCACACCCGGUCUUCGCCUACCUCAAAGACAAGCUGCCCUACCCCGAAGACGACCCCAACUCCCUCAUGCAGGACCCCAAGCACCUGAUCUGGACGCCCAUCUGCCGGAACGACGUCUCCUGGAACUUUGAGAAGUUCCUGGUCGGGCCGGAGGGAGAGCCCUUUAAGAGAUACAGCAAGAAGUUCCCCACCAUCAGCAUAGAGCCCGACAUUCAGAGACUGUUGAGGUUAACCAAGAGCUAAGAUAAAUACGUAGUAGGCCUCAAUUAGUAUCCCUCAAAUUGCCUUUUCAUCAUAAUACUGGUAACAGUAUGUGAAGUGUUGUGUUCAGUCUUUUAAGCCUUAUUAAAUGAAGGUGGUACUCUGAACGCGGUAGCGGGAGUACUGCCUGAGCCCUCUGUAAGUGCUCAAGAGGAUUGGAUUCAUGCUCAUGUGUCUGGAAACUAAUCUGGUAGGAAGGCACUGUUAAAUGAUAGUCGUCAUGGGUUAUUUCUAUAGUCUCGAAAAGAAGGCGUAAGGAAUUAAACUAUUGCUUUUAAGUAUUAAUAAUAUUCCUGAAGAACAAAAAAUAUAUAUGGCUAUUCUGCUUAUUACUAAACGUGUGUUGGCUGACCAGCAGAUGGUGCUAUUACUUAUGAAAUAAAAAUGAUUCUUGGGGCGAUGAAUUAGUUCCUGUUCAAAUAAAUCACUUUGCUCAGCCUAA